UAAAUGAAUGAUGGAGGAUAUUCAAUGUCUAUAUAGAGUGGUAUUUGAUGAAGAUGUGCUGCCAGAACAACACAACCAUGAGAUUAGACACAUCGCAUUCUACCUCUGGGAACUCUUUUUCAAAGAGUAUAAAGAACUCAAAACAGAAAAGCAUGUAUUACACCGUGAAUGCGAAGAUGCGCGUAUUGCACUUCAGCAGUUAGUUGACCAUUCAACUACAACUUCCAUGGGAAAUUUGCGAUGUUUAGAGAGAGUAAUGACUGAGAUCCGUGGAUCUAUUGUUACUGUUGAGGAAAUACGAAGCAUAUCAGCUAAUUUAUCAUCUCCAAACGUUGGAAAUGUAACCCCGUUUAAUUAUGUAACGAAGGUGAAUAUUUCAGAUGAAGAUCAAACGGAUACAACUGCUGAUUUAAAUGCCGUGGUCCAUCUUUACCGUGAAAUUUUAAAAAUAGAUAAUGGCGAAAAAAUACCGUUACUUCUGGAAUAUGAACAAUUUAUAGAUGAGCUUUCCAAUGUGGAAAAUUUGUAUGUAAUACAAUUAUUGAAGAAUGGUCUGAUUAAGGUCAAAAAACAACUAGAAGAUAGUCUCUAUGGUUCUUUCAGCAACAAUAUAAAUUCUACUUUAAAAAUAUUUAAAGACAUUAACAGGCUAAGCGUCUCCUCAUCUGAAGAAAUUGCGCGUGGUUAUGUAGCAAAUCGCAAUAUGUACAUUAUAGAGCGUUUAACAUUAGUGAAGUCUCUGAUGCGUGAAAAUGUGCAUAGAGGGUUACAGGAAUUAACUAUUACACUGAAGACAACCAUAUACUCCAUUCUUUCGUGUUACAAGGUUGUGUUUGGAUCUGUUGACGAUAGUUUGGUGUGCCAUAUGAGGAAAAUUAUCUUCCAGCUUCUCUCGAUUUUAAAAGGUUGUGUAGUGACAUGCAGAUCAACCAUGAUUCCUAAGUAUUUUUCGGACGUUAGGCAGGAAAUGUCCGAUAUCGCAAAGUCGUUUGAGCCAUACGGUAUUUCGUUUCUUCCUUUAUUACACGAUAUUUUCUAAAUAUAAACGAGUGUACUGAAAUUAAGUAUACAACGG